AUGAAAGUGCUUUCGAGUCUCCUUGCAAGCUCUGCUCUCGCAGACAUCUAUCUGCACUUUCCUCGCGGAUCUAAUAAUCGACUUAAUGAGGACAAUAAGAAUAACAAUCGUGCUAACAACAACCGACUUUUCAACUCGCAAAACGGCAACACCGGGGGAUAUAAUGUUGGAGAUGUAACUAUUGACCCCCACACUGACUACGACAGUCAAAAUAAAGCAGUCUACUUUCAAUCUGGUAAAUUGGCGCCUUCUGAAAUCUCCAUCGAGUGGUUCAACCAGCAUGGCUGUGGUACUGCCGACAAAAAUGAUGCGAACUGGAUCAACUGCCAAAUCGUCAUCCAGUACAUGUGCCAGGAUUCAUCCUCGACAAAAAUGACAAACGGACUCAGCACUGAAAAAUCUGCAUAUACAGCACCGCCAAACGAUGAAAUGUUUCAUAACGAAACUAUCGCCCGUCGAGACGCUGACUUUGAAAACAAGCCUGACUCUGGAAUGCAGGAAUCCUGGGAAUCCUACGAUGCUUGCUAUAGAAGAGAGCGAAAUCGGGGCCUCUUCAUGGCAGACAAAAAUCCUGGGAGAACUAAAGGGGCCACAAAGACUCGACAAAACUCUGGAGGAACUCGAUACGGAUAUGAAUGUUCUGAGGAGCGAGACUACUAUCCUUACUGGCAUCCAUCUGAGUGGACAGAUAUCGCUGUCAUGACUUCUGAGCCGACCAAGUGCGAUGAUUUACUCGAGAACUCUGGAAACCGAGUUGUCAAGCAUGAGUGUGUUCAUUUCAUUGACGAAAACACCGUUCAAGGAUGGUCCGAAGCUAACAAUGAAGAAGCUUGCGAAAUGAAGGGCGGCAAAUGGAUCGGAUUCCAAAUGUACAAGGAUAUUAUUGGAGAAGAUCCGCUUGAAUGUGAGAAACUGAUGGUCAAGAAAGAGGAUAUUCGAUGGGCAGUUCCUCAUUUAGCUGGCGCCGGCAGAUAUCUUGCUCCAAAAGAAAAAUGCUUGGUUCUUCACCCCGAGCCAGAAUGCAUGGCUCCACCGAAAAUGCGCACAAAUCACAAUGGAAACAUCGAAGGUGGCGGUCUUCCAACAUACAAAUGGACUCUUCCUCACUUUGAAGCUGAAGAUUUCUCGAAGGAAUGCGCCGUCAGAAUCCGAUACAACAUUACGACCAAUGAUUACCCAGACGACUUUUCGACAGAACACACUGAAACACACUACGCUGCUCCUGAAAUCUGGCCCAAUCCGGUCGUCAACUACAAAGAUGUCGAUCUCAAACUGGCCAUCAACACCGCUCAAUUUGGUAGAACAUUCCAGGAUAGAACCCACAUUUUCCAGAUUCUUCCACGCCCAGCGAGCAUUCCGGAUGAUCACAAACUUUACAAUGUCGGCGUCCGAGGACGAAGAGGAAAUGCUGCUCAAACUUACCCAGCUGUUGAAUACGACUUCAGCCCCUCAAAUCUCGAUAUUAAUUCCUAUGAUCUCGUUCAUUUCCAAUGGGAGGGCUCAAACACAGUUCCUUCUAGCACUGGUCAAGGAAAGGACAACACCGAUCGAAACAACAUUGUUCCAUUGCUCGCUGCCAACCAAAACAUCCCCGCUGGAUUCAUUGCGGAUCAGCGACAGAACGACGACCUUCCGGUGGAUCACUUUUCUGUUGAAGAGGAUGGAGAAACUAAGGUCUUCUAUGUUCGAACUUCUCACGGUGCAAAUCUCUUUGAAAUCCCCGAUAUCUGUCACAGCUUUGGUAUGGAAAUGCCCAUUCCAACCAGCGAGGCAUACAAUGAAGCUCUGAAAAAUUACUGGGUCAAUAAUGAGGGCAUCUGGAAGGGCGACUUCCCUAUCGGAGUUCAUGCUCUAUGGAUUGAGAGUGAGUCUGGCGACGAAGCUGGCUUCAAUUCAUUCACUGGAGAUAACCCACAGAUGGAGUACUAUGAAAAUGUUGCCCACUAUGCUGUGAUGAACUCACAAGGAAACUGGUACGACGCUCGACAUGAACACGACUUUGCCUGGUUCCCAUGCGUCAAACAAGUUUACGACGUUCCAACAACUGACCCUGAGAUGUUUGCCGAAUGGCUCUGGACCUCCUCCGACGUCAACGACCUCUCACACAUGGACGACUUGAAGAUUCAACUUGCAUCAAGUGGAUUCUACGGUUGCCAUCAUGAAGGCCAUUGCUCAAACUCAGUUGAAGCACCAAAGGAAGUGAUGAACCCAAAGCUGAACAACGCACCUCCUUCUUUCAAAGGAAAUGUUGUGAAGAUGAACCCAGCAAACGUGCGAUCGUUCAUGCGCGGCACUCGCGGUGGAUUUGGCCCAAGCGUGCCGUUUUCCGACUUGGAGCUUGACGAUGAGCUGUCCCGAAGUCUCCGCGCUCCGGAAGAAGAAGCUGGCGAAAAACAUACUCGAGGAGCUGCUCCUUUGGCUCCCUUUUUCGGAUAA